AUGCCAACCUCGAAUCACAAGCGCUCGAAUCGCAAGCGCAAGGACCGCAAGGAGGACCUGCCCAGAGCUGACUUGGUUGUUGGACCUUUGCUUCGAGUGGAAGGUGCGGCCGCCUCCUCAAAGCGCGAAGUUCUGCUGCUGGGUGGUGACCUCCACAUCUCCGUGUAUUCGGUGAUCUAUGAUGAAGCCACCGGGGGCAUGAUCCGGUGCAUCACCACGAGCCCGGUGUCCAACAUCGUGAGCCGCUUCUACGCCCACCUGGAAGGGACCAUCAGCAGUCGCUAUACUUACCGGCAUGAGCCGCUUCCGGAGGCCAAGACCUUCUGCAAGAUCGAGAUCUCUCUGUCGGACGUAUCCUGUGACGUGAAGGCCGAUGGGCUCUGUGAUGAAGCGUUUGAGUAA